UCAUGCCACGGGAAUAAAUUCCCAAAAAGACUGACAACAAAGUUGUUUAGAAAUAAUUCAAAAGACGUUUUUUAAUGUUGGGGAAAUUGUUCACUUAACCUGUCAAAAAUUGAGCACAGUUAAGAGUUCUUGUUUCUUUAAAGGAAUAUUCAGAACGCUGAAGGGACAGUAUCGUCCUGCCGAAAUAAAUACUUUUCACCGGGUUUGGUUUAUCGCUAUAAGUAAUGGCUCUACAGCCAUUUACGAACGAACAGUUGAACUAUUUCAAGUUUGCUUUUGUUGUGCUGAAUGAGUUCCCCAAGGUGUUACGCCAAACUUUUAAACACAUGUGGGACAAUACCUUCGCACAUCUCCCUGGUUACCAGCUGUGGGAUGACUCCAUUGGUGUGCGAAACAUGUUCCUUGCUACAGAGGGCGGUAAAACCAAAGUACCCACACACCUCUCUUACGAAGAAUGGGAUUGUAGCGCCUUGUUCCAAGCCACUAUCCACGCGGAGUCCUUCGCUUUACCAGACACAGCAGGUCAUCACAGGACACUCAGUGAUUUGUACUUGAAGUACCGUAAACCGUCGCAUGGAAGGUUUCAUUCUUCUGUAGUCAGCCCUGGCGGAAAUAACGCUGAAACUUUUGCACUGGCGAUUGAUCAACUGCGACUUCUAAGAAAUGCCUUUUGUCACUCAUUCAGCUCUGAGAUUGACAAAAAGACGUUUGAUCAAUACAUUCAAUACACCAAAGACGCCAUCGAUGCUCUUGGCGCCAAGACUGACCCUAUUGAUGCCGUUGGAGGUUUGACUGAAUCGGACUUUCCUACACCAAGAAUUUGUAAGCUAGAAGACGACAUCAAAAAGGAGCUUCAGACAGCAAGCGCAUUUCUUAAGGACGAUAUAAGGGACGUGCUAAUGGGAAUAAAGUCAGAUGUAGCUCAAUCGAAACAGGAACGAAAAGAAGACGCAAAACUCCUAAAGAACCAGUUGACAUUACAGGAGUUGAAAGAAGACACUUCAGAACUGAGGAAGGCAAUCGAAAAGACAACUGUCGCAAACCAAGAAAUGAUGAAUGAGAAAAUUGCCGAGAUUAAUCAGAAGUUUGACGAGCUACUCAAGACUGAGCGAUCUGGACCUAAGACAUUUCUACCAAGAUCAAAUCUUCCUCCAAAGGUUCCCCACUUCACAGGCCGCCAGGCAGAAUGUGACGAGAUUGUUGGUCACAUGACUUCCGAGGCAACCCGACUCGUCUCCGUCUGGGGUUCACCAGGAUUCGGAAAAACGUCUGUUGCGAUCGCAGUGGGGCAUCGUCUUCAAGCACGGGAGCUGUCCGUGUACUUUCUCUCAUUACGUGGGCUCAAGUCAAAAAGCGAUUUAACGUCAAAAUUUCUUAGUCUGUUCCGACAGGCUGGGACACUUGAAAAUGACAAGUUUCAUGAUUUAUCAACUGAUGAUGAGCUUUGCUUAAUUUUUGGCAAACUAUUUCAUUGCUGUGUUAUAAUCCUGGAUAAUGCCGAUGAACUGUUUGAAUGUGGUGUGCCAAACGUAAAAGAGGAGGUUAUCCAAUUGAUUGGAGAAAUCCUCAAUCGCAGUGACAAGGUCAACUUCCUUUUAACAACAAGAGAGUCUUUGUCGUUUUUGAAUUUACAUUUUCAAGGACACGUGUCUAUCAGAAUAAGAGAGCUAGACAAGUUGUCAUGUCAAGCCCUAGCUCGAGAAUUGUUCCCAGAAGCGAGCUCUUCUGAUUUGACAAAAGUUUCGCGAAUCUGUGGGCAGGUUCCCUUAGCCAUUAAAUUAUUGUGUUCUUCCAUUUCUGAAGAAUUUGCUCGAUCAAGUCAAUACAUUGAUGAAUUCAUAGAGCGUACAGAAAAUAUUGUAGAAAUGUUGGACAACCCAGAUUAUCCAAGCAAUUUGAGAUUAGAAUGUCUCUUCGAGUCAUCUUUCCAGAGACUCUCUACACACGAUCAAGAGGCACUAGUAUCCUUGUGCAUCCUUCCGGCAAAUUUUGAUGUAACGGUUGCCGCAGCUGUUUUGGGGAUUACAAGAGCAACCGAAGCAGAGAAGGUGUUGCGAAGACUUCAGAGAAAAUCUCUUAUCGACUGUUGUUCAAAUUUGAGUAAAUUCUCUAUGCAUAAACUAAUUCAAUCGUUUGCAAUGGAAAAGGGAGAAAAUGACAUGAGAGAAACAGUGCUCAUCUCAAAAUCUCGCUUCUAUACAUUUUACAUUGGCUUAUUCGAGAAACUCAAUGAAAAUUUCCUUACUGGGCGUUCCAUGUCAGCAUUCAUUCAGUUCUAUGAAGACGAAACAAACAUUGUGCAAAGUUUAACUGACGGUUGUUUUGAUUCCAAGACAGCCGACAGAGUUUUUGAUGUUUUGACGAAAGCAGAGCUGUUUCUUGACUCACUCUUUUGGAGUGAUGGAUCUAAAUUUGAGACAAUUUUCGAUUCAGCAAUAAUGGCGGCUAGUCAGUCUGGAAGAACGGUUUUCUACAGUCGCCUACUCACUUCCAAGGCGUUUACCUACGUGACCUGGGCAGAAAGUGGAAACACAAAGAAGCUGCUUUCUGAAUCCAAGGAACUUCAAGUAUCUACUUACUCCGACGGCGAAGAAGAAAAAGUAAAACACUUGUCCUACUAUGGACUCUAUCAGCUUGUUAUCGGGAAGAUAGAGGAUGGAGUGAAAGUUUUGGAAGAAGCGCUUACCUCCAUGAACACAAGUCCGGAGCACACAGUUUUGAGGCUGAUUAUUUCUCAAAUUUUUGCCAUCUAUUACCAAUGCAAAAAUGACUCAAUGAGCUCAUUCAGUUUUUAUAUGAAAGCACUAAAGGAAUGUAGAGAUUUCGGAGACGCGAGUUUACUGGUUAUCCCUAUGCUACAGUCAACAACAAUGCCAGGUGACGAACGUUGCUUCAUGUCACCAAAAACAGGCAAUGCUUUGGCAAACCAGCCUCUUAAAUUUCAAGUUAUCCUGCUCGUGAGCGAAGCAGUGAAAAACUUUUCUACCUCGGACACUAAACAAUUUUUUGGCAACUUGCUUCUUGGCAUACUACACGAGUGUGAGUCAGAACUCCACACAAGUACAUUAGGCUGGUCAGUCAAUUUUCAUCGCAAUGUCGUCGUUCUGCUGCAGUCACUUUGUAGAGACGAAGACGCUAUGACAAUUGCCGAGGGAAGGAUUAGAAUUUACCAACAAGCACUGCAACAAAGCCUUGAAAGAAACGAACAAACAGGUGACAAUUCAGAACAUCAAGAGGAGGCACUAGCCCAGAACUAUUCAGAGCUUGGUAACAUUCAAUACAGGAGAGGCAAUUACGCAGAAGCCAUGACGUCGUUCCAACGAGCAGUUCAUAUCAGACUGAAGCUGUUUGGUGAAAAUCAUCCAGAAACCGCUGACAGCUACCAUGGUAUAGGGGCUACGCAACAUUUAGUGGGAGACUACACCUCCGCUCUUGAGUCAAAAAAGCGUGCACUUGAUAUCAGAAUUAAAUUGUUUGGUGAAGCAAAUGCAAAAACCGCUGACAGCUACCGUGAAGUAGGGGUUACCCAAUAUUUACUGGGGGAUUACACCUCCGCUCUUGAGUCACACAAGCGCGCACGUGAUAUCAGAGUUAAACUGUCUGGUGAAGUAGAUUCAAAGACCGUUGAAAGUUACCAUGAAGUAGGGGUUACUCAACAUUCCCUGCGGGAUUACAUCUCCGCUCUUGAGUCAAAAAAGUGUGCACUUGAGUUCAGAUUAAAACUUUUUGGUGAAGAGCAUUCAAAGACUGCUGACAGCUACCAUUCUAUAGGAGUUACACUGCUUUCUCUGGGAGAUUACACCUCCGCUCUUGAGUCGCACAAGCGUGCACUUGAUAUCAGAAUUAAAUUGUUUGGUGAAGAACAUUCAGAGACCGCUCACAGCUUCCAUUCAGUAGAGAUAACACAGAAUUUACUGGGAGAUUACACCUUCGAAUGAGAUUAAAUUUCGAUAAACAUUUCAAAAUAAAAAUGAGCGAUAGAAAUUUUACACAACGUUUCGA